CGGGAGCAAGGUGCAGGGGAAACUUAGCUCUCAGUAUAGCAGGGUCAUGAAGAAGAGGCGGCGGCGGGAGGCAGGAGGAGGCGGCGGGGGCGUGAAACUGCGGUAGCUGCCUGCUGGCCUGGUUUGUGGCUUUGUGGGGAGGGCGUAGUUCCUAACCCCCUCCCGGGGCAGCAACCGGGGCUCGGGGCUGAGAGCGGCCUUGGGGCCGCCUCCCCGGGCCCCCUGGCUCCGCCAUGUUCCGCAGGGCACGCCUUAGCGUGAAGCCGAAUGUCAGGCCUGGUGUAGGCGCCAGGGGCUCCACCGCCUCCAAUCCCCAGCGUGGACAAGAGGCUCCCAGGCCGCCGGAACCUGCAGCGGCCUCUGCCCCGAAGCCAGCGGAGCCCACAGAUGAGCCCCCGGUGGAUUUCGGAGGAGCGGAGCCCCAAGAAGAGGCUCCCAGGAGCAGUGAUGAAAAGACUGAUCGUGAGAAUGAUGUUGAAGAAUCCGGUAAAUCUUCCUCUACUGUUUCACAGAGAAGAAAACGGAUAUCAAGUACUUCUACCCUGGUUAAGCCUAGUGUCAGUGUUCCUUCAGAACCUCAUCCCUUAUCUACAGUUAAUCAAGAAACUUCACAGCCAAACCCCAUUCCAACUGAAGAGAAACAGCCAUGCUCAGACAGGUACCGAAUAUAUAAAGCCCAGAAACUGAGAGAAAUGUUAAAAGAAGAAUUAAGAAAAGAGAAGAAGCAAUGGAAAAACAAAUAUGCCAUAAAUGAAAGUCAGAGGCCACCAGAUCGUUCAAAAAUGACUAUGAGAGACUUCAUAUAUUACCUGCCAGAUAAGAAUCCAAUGAUUUCUUCACUGGAGCAAGAAAAGAAAACUGAAAAAUCAUUGACACCACUCCAGACAAGAGUGCAAGAAGAUAAGAGUACUCCUGAUGCUGAAGAUAAUGAAGAAGUAGAAGAAGAAAUGGAUGAAGGGCCAUUGCUGGUUCCCCGAGUGAAAGUGGCAGAAGAUGGUUCUAUAAUUUUGGAUGAAGAAAGUUUAACUGUAGAAGUUUUAAGGACAAAAGGUCCCUGUGUUGUUGAGGAAAAUGAUCCCAUAUUUGAGCGUGGUUCUACAACUACAUAUUCCAGUUUUAGGAAAAACUAUUACUCUAAACCAUGGUCAAAUAAAGAAACAGAUAUGUUUUUUCUAGCCAUCAGCAUGGUAGGAACUGACUUUUCUAUGAUUGGACAGCUUUUUCCUCACAGAGCAAGGAUAGAAAUUAAGAAUAAAUUUAAACGGGAAGAGAAAACAAAUGGAUGGAGAAUAGACAAAGCAUUCCAGGAAAAGCGUCCUUUUGACUUCGAUUUUUUUGCUCAUUUGCUUCAGAAAGUUCUCGCUGAAGAAGAGAAAAGAAAACAAAAAUCUAUUAAAAAUCAGAGUUUAAAGGAGAAGAAAUCCUCCAAACCACGGAAGAGUAUAAAAGUGAAAAAAGUUGCCAGUGAAGGAGUGAGUGAUGAUCCAGAUGAGUCUAUGAGCGCUAAAAUUUCAGACACAGAAGAAUCUCAAAAGGAUGCUCAGACAGUUGAAGAACAACAGUCUCUGACUUUAUCAGGACAGGAUUCAGAUCAGAUUGCAUUAGAACCAGACCUAAAUCAAAAGCAAAGGAGAAGGAAGAAUCAGGGUGAAGUUGGUAAACAAGAAGUAAAAAAUCUUUCAGGAAAUGCCACUGUUCAGCCAGGCUGUUCUAAAGGAGAAAAACAGAAAAAUGAAUGUCAGUCUUUAAGGCCUGAGAUAAAUGAAGAUGAAGGCUGUAAGGAACAGAAGCUCUCCAGUGUACAGAACACAGAUGACACUGCGGAUUUAUCCUCCAGUGACAAAGUGGAGAAGAAAACUGGCCCUAUCCAUUCAUCAAGUAGUCAAACUGAUGCCAUUUCUGUAGCAACUGAGACUUCAGAAUCGAGCAUUUCAGAUUUGGAUUCAUUGGAAGUUGGAAUUAGAGCAUUGUGUGAAGUGAAUAAUGCUGAGACUAGUUGUACAGAAGAAGGAAAUACUGACUUAAAAAAUAAAUCACUGGAAACUGAUCAAAUAGAAAAUGUUAAACCGAUGGCUAGAGGACGACUCCAGAGACCUAAACCCAAUUUGUCAAGGGCAGUGGGGAAGAAAUUAGUUCUUUCACAAGGUAAAACAGAUGCAGAGAGCAAGCGUUUACAUCCAGAAACUUCAGUUGAAAAGACUCACAUGGAAAAGGAUAAAAUGAAAACAUCUGACAUUUCUAGAAUGGAGAAAACAGAGAGAGAGAACUCAGAAGCUGAUACUGUAUCUAAUUGUUCUAGUUUGAGUGAAAAAAUAUGUCUGCAGGAAGAUGAUCAACCAAAGGCUUUCAGACCUGCACGACUAAUUAGAGGCCGAUUUCAGAGGCCAAAGCCCAAUGUAGAUAAAGCUGCUGAAAGAAAAGAAAUUCUUGCAUCACAGGAAGAAAUUGGGGCCAAUGUAGAAAAGAAUGAAAAUGAAUCUUGUAUUGAUAGAGAUACUCCUGAACAAAUAGAAGAUCAGUUAUGUAAAAAUUUUGAGUGUGAAGACAUCACAUCACAAUCUGAAAAAAAAGAUACUUCUUUUCAAAAUGUGCAACUGGAUGAGCCCAAGGCUCUUGAUGAAUGUCUAAGUAUUCAAGAGAAUAGUAAAGGAAAUAUACUCAAACAAAUUCCAAUUGUAAAGAAUCGAUUUCAGAAACCAAAGCCAAAUAUAGGAAGGAGACCUGGAAGAAGAGAUAUUUUAUCAAAGGAAGAGGUAUCAGAGGAUAUUCUUGCCUCUGGGGAAAAGACAGCAGCAAGACUGGAAACCUCACCAAAGGAGAAGGUACCAGUGGAGGGUAACACUACUAAGGAAAUGGAGUCAGAGUUAGAAGAAACUGGAAGAAGAGACAUCUCUACCAGGGAGAAAAUACCAGAAAUGAUUGACAUCAAUGUGGAAAUGGAGACAGAUUUGAAAGAAACUGGAAGGGAGAUGACCCCAAGGGAGAAGAUACCAGAGAUGACUGAUACCACUGAGGGAAGAGAGACAGAUUUGGAAGAAACUGGAAGGAGAGAAAUAUCCCUACAGGAAAAUGCCCCAGAAGAGGUCCACACUGUAGGUGAAGGGGAGAUGGGUUUGAAAGAAACUGGAAGGGAGAUGUCCCCAAAGGAGAAGAUACCAGAGAUGACUGAUACCGCUGAGGAAAGAGAGACAGAUUUGGAAGAAACUGGAAGAAGAGAAAUAUCCCUACAGGCAAAUGCUCCAGAAGAGGUCCACACUGUAGGUGAAGGGGAGACGGGUUUGAAAGAAACUGGAAAGGAGAUGUCCCCAAGGGAGAAGAUACCAGAGGUGACUGAUGUCACUGAGGAAAGAGAGACAGAUUUGGAAGAAACUGAAAGAAGAGAAAUAUCCACACAAGAAAAGGCCCCAGAGGUCAAAACUGCAGGUGAAAUGGAGACAGAUUUGAAAGAAAUUGAAAAAGAAAUUUCUCCAAGGGAAAAGGUGCUAUUGGAGAUCAGUGUUACAGGGGAAAUGGAGAUUAAUGUGAAAGAAACUAGAAAAAGAGACAUUUCCCUGAUGGAAAAGGAAUCAGGAAAGAUGACUGUCAUUGAAGAAACACAGGCAGAUUUGAAAGAAACUGAAAGAAAAAUUUCCUUGAGGGAAAGUGGAUCAGAAGAGAUCAGUGCUACGGAGGAAAUGGCAGAUUUGGAAAAAACUGGAAAAAUAGACGUUUCUCUAAGGAAAAAUGAACCAGAGGAGACUGGGACCUCAAGACAAACUGAGACAGAUUCAAUGCAGAGCAGCAGUGGGGACUGUGGCGCUUUGCCUCCACUGAAUAUAACAAACAUUAACAGUGAAGUACCAUCCAUGGUCCAUACAUCUGUAGAAGAAAACAGAAAUUCUGAAAAGGAAGUAUCAAGUCAGUUGAGUCAUUUGAAGACUUCUUCACAGACUUCUGAACAUGAUAGAACAGAAGACCAUGGGAUGCGAUCUCCAGAUAUUUCUGAGAAGUUUUCAGAUAUGAAUUUAAGCAAAUCUCUUCCUCAAGAACAGAAGCCAUCUGAAAUCAAGCCAGCACCUUUUGUGAGAAUUCGAUUCAAAAGACCAAAACCAAACUUAUCAAGAGCAGCUUUAAAGAGAGAGACUACGGGACUAGAAAAAUAUGUAUCUGGGAAGAAAUUGGAAACAGAUAAGACGGAAACUAUUAUGGUAGAACAGGAUGAUGAACAAAUGAAUACUCUCUCUUCUCAACAUGAUGUGGCUUCCCUAAUGACAUCAAGAGAAAAAGACAAAUCAGGUCACGGGGAGAAUGAGGCUAUGAUAUUGCCGUGUAUACAGACUGAAAAGGACCUUUCGCCUUCAAGUUCUUGUGCACAAGUCCAGAAAAAGGAAUUAGUUGUUUCUACAGGGAGUCAUAAUAUAGACACUUUUCAACAAGAAAUGAAGGAAAGUGUUAUCCAAACUGCUCGACCAGUAAGGGGGCGACUUCAGAGACCCAGACCAAACAUAAGAAAGGCUGGACAGAGGCAAAUAGUGGAAAAAGGUGGAGCCAAAGGCAUAAUUAAGGAAGAAAGAACAGUAUUACAAAAAGAUAAAACUGAAAAGAAGUUUCUGAUUGUGCCAAGUUCUCAAAUUGGAACUGAAAUUGAAGUUGUAUCCUCCAAAGUUUCAGAGGACAGAAUGUAUGAAAAUCAGAGUCACGUGGUUCUUGCAGAAAACCUUCAUGUUAACAAAAUUAAUGUUUUAGAUGAAAAGAUGAGACAUGAACAUCAAACGUAUGUUCCCAGUCCAGCACAAUCGAUAAGAAGGCAAUUCCAAAAGGCUAAGCCAAAUUUGGGAAGAGCAUACAGUAAGAAAGAGGAAUCAGGUGUAGAAAAAACCAGAGCAGAUCCUAGUGAGUCACAGAAGCCAGAAGAUAAUUUGCUGCAGCAAGGAGAUUCUGAUACCCAGUUCCUUCAAAAAGAAAAGGCUGAGCUUCUGACAUCCCUGGGAGUUUCAGCAAGAAAAGAUUGUGUAGGUUCCAAAGAGAUUGGUUUGGUCAAAAAAGAUGCUCAGUCAGAAGUUGGACCAUCAGCAAGCAUUGGACAGAAAACUGUAGGGGAUAAUUCUAUGUCUUCAGUCGUUGAAGAGCAGUAUCUCAGUAAACUAGCAAGCUGUUCACAACUGCUAAAAAAAUCAAAUUACUCUAAAAUUGCUCUGAAUCGAAGAACAACUAUCUCUUCUGCCCCUGGGUGUGAGAUAGAUCAUAGUGAAAGGAGAAGGCAUCGAAAGAUCAAACCAAAUGUCACCAAAGGGCGUGGAUCCAAACGAAUUCGGAGUAAGACCUCUAAGAAGGAACCUAGAGCUUCCAAGGCCAUGCUGGUGACUCUUCGGGCUUCCCAGGAAGAGGACGAAGAUGAUGCUGAAGAUUUAGAGUCUGACUAUGAAGAAGAAAGCUAUCAUCUUGCUCCAGAAGAAGUAAACAAAGCUCCAGUGUUUGUACCUAUUGGUCUCAGAUCUCCUGAACCUGUUUCUGCUCAGAUCGAGGAAACGAUGGAAGAGCUUGAAAUAACCGUGAAUGUUCCAGACAUGGGAUUCAUAACUGUUGAUGAACAUCAAUUCUCAAACACAGAUGUGACCACGCAAGAAAUGAAACAAGAAAAUUUGAAUGCAUUACCAGUUGAAAUGACCACAGGUGAACAUACCCAAGAUGAAACAGGUACCAAUGAUGGAAGCACCGAAGCUGCCAUAACUUUACUUACAAUGGGAGAUCUAGUGUUACAAUCAGAGAUCAGUACAGAACAGAGUGACGUAGGAGUAUGUGUACUUCCUGAUGUUCAUUCAAAGGAUAAAAGCCAUAUUCCUUUUAGCCCAGAUAAUGUAAACCACAACAUUGUUCGUGAAUGUCAGGAGCUUUCUUCACCUGUCAAUAGUACAUCUCCUUCACCGAUAGAAGAAAACAAGAUUGUAUUGGAGGAACAAAGUACUAAUGAAGAAAUUGGUUUAAUGGAGAAAAUAAAGGGAAACACUUUAACAACCAGGAAUACAACUUCUGAAGUGACCAAUAAUUUAAGAAAUCGAUUUGCCAAGGCUAAGCCAAUUCUUAGGAAGAUUUUAGGGACCAACAAAUUUGGUGCUCAUCAGGAAGUUCCCAGUUUGUUUGUAACUAAAGGAGAAGUAGAAGAAAUUCAAAGAGAAACAGAGAAAAAUGCUUCUAAAGCAAUAGAAGAUAAAAACCUUGGAUCAGUUACAGCAGCAGAGAGUAAGGAGCAGAGCAGAUUGUCUCAUGUAUGUGGUAUUGAAGAGGCCUGUAUUUCGCAGGAAACAAGCCUAACUGAAAGAAAGGAAGAUCGAGAAGAGGGAUCUCAAGAGCUUCAGAUACUGUCAGUUGCUCCAAUUGUUUCCUCCGAGACGAGGCCCCACACACUUGGUUUGGGUAGGGGUCUUGGUGAGAGUUCUGUUGGAGAGCCCCUGAGAAAGGACUCUGAUGGAGACAGUGUGCUUACACUUUAUGUGCCAGAGUGUAUACCAACUAGUAUUCCAGAAGUCCAACAAGAGAGUGUAAUCAAUCCUCAAGAUUUAACAGUGAAUCUAGUUGCUAACGUACACCACGAUGGUGAGGAUGAACAAGCAUUCAUUUUAACUCUGGUGGAAAUUCCAACCAAUGCAGUGGAAGAAUUUACUGAUACUACUACACAGUUAAUGCCAAACCCUUUACUGCCAGCACCCAUAUUGGUCAAAUCAGUGAAUACGGAAGAAAAGGGUGACAUGAGUAUGAGUUUUCCAGUAACUUCAGUUGGUCAGGAUGCCAUGUGUUUAUCUAAUUCUGGAAGAGAUGAUUCUGAAAAGCCUCCUGCUCAUUUGGAUCUUAUAUCUAGGAAGAGAUUUCAUUGUAGGCUUAAUGAAAGCGACCAUGUUCCUCCUGCCAAAAAAAGUUCAUUCACUUCAAGAGAUGAUUGUCAAAAAUUUACCUCUGAGGUGUGCUCAAAGGAAUUAAUAAAGGUUUUUGAGGAAAGAGGGAAGUCUUAUAAGGGACAAGAUAUCUUCCCUACCUCAGAAAGCACACGUACAACUCCAGGACUUCAGAAAGAGCAACUUGAACCAACUUUUCAGAGUAUAGGAUCUAGAUCUUCUGAUAAAAUAAUAGGUACACAUACAGAAAAGAAUACACCUCAGUUACCUCAGGAUGAGAUGAUUUUGUCUGAUAAGGAAGAAACAACUUGUGCAGCUUCUAAGGCUAAACAAAUGGAUAGCACCACAUCGUCUUCAAAAACCUCACUAUCCAGACCUGGCAGAAGACCCCUGGGAUUUUUGUCUUUAAUAUGUUCAAAGAAUAGUUUGGAAUCUGAUGAACCUACUCAGGUUCAUAGUAAGAAACGCCUAAAACCUCUUAUACCUGUAUCAAGACGGAAUUUGAAAAGAUCUGAUCCACUCAAUGAAAGUCAGAAAAAAAUUCAAGAGCCCUCUGAUCUGCUUCCAUCUCCAAGUGGUGUUGUUAAUACUCGUUCUGAGAACAUUAGCAGUUCAGCAACUCAGGCUGCUUGUGAUCGUUCCUUACCGAAAGAAGUAUGUAAAAGUGUCCAAAACCAGGCACUUGAAGAGGAGCCAGCUACAGUCUCUGAAUAUUUCUUUAAUGAUAUCUUUAUUGAAGUGGAUGAAACAGAAUAAAGGUUUUUUUUUUUUUCUUUUUUCUUUUUUUAAGUUUAGGACUUUCAGAGUCAAUUAUAUCAACAAAAUGGUAUUUGGAAAAAAAGCAUCACUGUAUCUCUCUUUAGGUUGAUUUUGAAUAUUUAAUGAGCUUGAUUUGAAACUUUUAUAAUCAAUGGAAAACAUUACUGAGGUUCCUUUCAUUCUAAUUAAUUUAGCAUAUUGGAAAUACCAAGCAAUUAUGACUGCUUUCUUGGACAGAAUAGCAACUCUUGUUUACAUUCAACUCUUCCUGUGCUGAACACACAUGGACAUUUUGGAAUGUCGUGCGUGGAUAAAUAUCUCUCUAAAUCACAGUGCCCGCGUAGAUGGAGGUGAAUUUAACAUUUAUCGACCUACUUUUGUGAAAGUUUUUUCUGUUUGUUUGGAUUUGUUUUUGAUGAUUAAGGUCUUUACAAUUGUCUCUAAGUACACGACAGCAAAUUGUGAAACACCACUUAUAAAUGUUAAAAAUUUUUCUAUUAUCAGCUAUUUGACUGACUGAAAAAUGUGUAUUUUUCUAUUUCAUGAUGUAACAUUAGUCCUAAUUGAAGAACUAGUAUUUAAGCUUAUUAUUUAUAAAAAUGAAACAUCAAAAAGCUUAUUUAUUUUUAAAUUUUUUAUUUAAAAGAAUACUCAGUUUUAAUUAUUUUCACCCCUCAGAUUAUGGGUAAAGAAGGCAUUAACAAAUUUGUGUUUGUCUCCUUUCCCUCUUUAAUUUUAAAUAUAUUUAAAGUCAUAUAAUUAAAAGUGUUUGGAUAGUGUAUAUGUUUUGAAUACAUUUUUCUCAUAGUUUAGUAUAUUGACUUUGUACUGUGAAUUUUUUGUUUUUCUUAUUUCUUGGAUAAUCUCAGGAUUUGUAUGGGGAAAAAAACCCUUAACUUCAUUUAUGAGGCAAAUUUCCAUACAAAACUCAAUCUCCUUUACACACACAUACACUUAUAUGUACACAUUCCUUUUUUUAAAAACUAAUUUCUUGGUAGUUUUCCCCCCAUUAAAUUCUUAAGGAGGCUUAAGGAACUCUAGGCCUUUAAGCACAGAAUUGUGAUAUUAAAAACAAGAUAAGACUUUAUUAAAUCAGUGGUUAUCAUCAAUAUGAAUUUAAGGGUUAUUUUUUAUUUUGUGAUUUAUAUAUGUGUGAGUGUUAUUCUGUUUUCCACCCGAGUAAGUCUUUGGUGGUUAAAAUUAAAUUUCUGAAAGAUUUAUUCUUUUAUUUGAAAAGCCUCCUGGGUUGAUAAUGCAUUAGAUUAGGAGUCAGAAACAUUCUCCACAAAAUAUUUUCAAGUUUCUAGGACAGAUGGCCUCUCUGGUAAUACUCAACUCUGCCAUUUCAGUUGAAAACAGCCACAGACAAUACUAAGAUGAUAGACAUGUCUGGAUUGGGUUUUUAGUUUGAUCCCUACAUGAGAUAGAUAGUAAUCUUCUUACCUACACGUGCUGAUGUCUUUGUCUAUGAGAUAUUUGUCAUUGAAGUUAUAAGUUGUGCCUAACAAUUAAAACUGUGUUGAUUGCAUUAUGAAAGCUUCAGUAUUUCAAUUGGGGAGAUAUUUUAAUGUCUAGAUAAUUGUGUUUGUGUAUUGAAAUAAAAUGGUCGCCAGUUUUCAAGUUCAUAAGUAAAAUAGGAUAUGGCUGAGGAGGAAGUACAAUAGUAAUCCUAAUUUGUUAAAACAAUUGAUGCUAUUAGAGCAGUUCUUCAUUUUCUUAUAGUGAAAUUUACAGUUUAACUUUUUUGUCAUAAAGGAGGAUUUAUAAAUCUGAGUAGAAAUUCUCUAUAGGUAUGCAUUUAUUUAUUUCAUGUCAUUAAUAUAUCACAAAAAUCAUGGUAGUAAAUCACAUUGCUAUUUUAAUGCCGUGUUUUUAUAAAUUUUUAAAAAUUUCAUAUUCUGAAUAGGUUUCUUAUUUGAUUAAUGUUGAUUUGGAUAUUAGGUUACACAACCCCUUCUGUAAUAUUUUUUAACUUUGUUAAUAUCUGUCUCUUGUUCCAGAGUGAAUUACUUUUUUUUUAUUUGGGGAAUAUUGAGGAGCAGUGUGUUUUUCCAGGACCUAUCAGUUCCAAGUCAAGUCGUUGUUUUUCAAUCUAGUUGUGGAGGGCGCAGCUCACUGGCCCAUAGGGGAAUCGAACCGGUGACCUCGGUGUUAUGAGCGCUGCGCUCUCAACCAACUGAGCCACCCGGUUGCCCCCAGAGUGAAUUACUUUUAUGAAAGAUGUAACUUCUUACUGUAUAAAGAGUAAUUUUAUCUUGGGGCAUUCAUUGUAUUAGAGAAUCAAGUCAGCCAGUAAAUUAUCCUACUAUUAUAUACUUAAAAGUAAUCUUGGGAAAAGAAAACUUAAUCAGUGUAUUUACCUUACAAGGUAGAGAAGACUUGUUCACUCACAAAUGUAUUUAAUCUAAUUCAUGUAAAGAUGAUGAUGUCUGGAAGAAUUUGUAUUUUGUAAAUCUUAAAGGAGAUAUGAUUAAAUUAGGUCUUUAUUUUUAUCGUGACUUAUCCUCCUGAACAUUUCCGUCUUAGCAAAUGAUCAACAUAUAAAACCCUAAUUGUUGGUAAAUGAUUGAGGCACAGAUAAAAAUAUGAAUAUCCAUUGUUUACCACCGUGUUAUUUGAAAUAGAAGUGACCAUGUAUACUAUUUUGCUUGAAGAAGUCUGAGACGAAAAAAGCAGUAUCUGUCAUUUGUAAAUUUUCUUGUUCUAAAGAAAGCAGUUAUGUUCUAUAGAUAUAAAUUAUGUAAAUAAAAGUUAUUUUAUACUA